GUUGCCUUUCUUAACGAACAUUUGUUUUUCUUUAAACAAUAACUUCAUACAAAAUGCACUACUUUUCUUUCUUUUGGUAGUCAGUUGAGUGGGUGAACUGCAUAACAGAAUGUACACGUAUAUCAGUGUAUGCUCUUCACCAAUGUAUAUAUGAUUAGUAUCUUGGUAAUUUGCCGUUGACCUUCGAGCCGGAUUGCAUACUUUGUACACAUUUCAUGCGAGUAAAUGCAUUCAGGGUUUGAUGACAGAAUAUAGCAUGAAUUUCAUAUCCCUCUUCGAGCUGAAACGUAUUUGAUGUUCAAGAUUGCGAGACGACUCUCUGCUUCAGUUUCUUCCAGUUCUUUGACCAAUCAUCUAGGAGGCUGUGUUUUUCUUUUGGACUUGCUCGGUAGAUGACACUGUUAUCAACGAUGGCUUCUACCUUGAGCACUAUAAUCACGUAUUCUGCAGCUGUGAUUUCAGGCCUGGCUGUGUUGGAGAAUCUGCUGGUAAUAGUGGUGCUAGCAGCAACCAGCCAUCUCCGCAUCAAGUACUUCACCUUCGUCUUCAAUCUCGCCCUGGCCGACCUGGCGUUUGUUGCGAUGCUAAUUGCCUUUUCCCUAAACCGGGCACGAGUUCUUCUUGCCCUUCUUCAGGCGUUUUUGUUCGUUUCCGAGCUGAUGAUUUUAGCAGUGGCUGUGCACCGUUACCUGGCACUGACUAUCACGCCGCCCUCUCGCUAUGACGCGUUGGUGACGCGAUGCCGCCUGGUAGUGGUUUGCCUUCUCCUUUGGUGUUUCUCCCUCGCACUUCACUUGCCGAUAAUCUUGGUGGCAUCUGACGAGGUUCGCUUGAUUCUAUCAGCGUGGUUUAGACCUCCGUUAGUACUCACUGUGUGGAUCGCGACCGCUGUGCUGUACUUCUUCGUCUUCAGAAAGAUCAAUAGAUAUACAUGUAUUACCACGAUUCCAUCAUCAAGCCCAGUUGUCCGCACCGAUGACACGGAACCGGCCGCCCCUCGUGUUCUUCAGACCCGUCGCCUGUUGGUCACUUUCUCCAUCAUUUUGAUAACAUCAUUCAUUUGUUGGACCCCUUACAACAUCGGCCAGAUAAUGGAGUAUUUCAUCAAAACUGGUCAGAGCACAAUCUCCGAAGAAACAUUGAAUAACUACAACACGAUUGCCGCUUUGGUUUAUUGUUUGUCUCCAGCUAUCAACCCGCUAAUCUACUGGUGGCGUUUGGAUGGUUUCAGGCAGGGCUUGAAAGCACUUUUCUGUCGCUGUCUGCUUCAGAAUCAAGAUCUCGGAGAAACGGUUGACGGUAACGAAGACCAGCAAAAUACCGAAACCAUUAUGUAGAAAAAUAACCCAAAAAAUAAUGUUUGUUGAUUGUUGACUCCAAUUUGACGAUUAUUUCUCAUGCUAUCCAUACCAUGAUUCAAUUCUUUCAUUUCAUUCGGUGUUCUGGUGGAGUUCGUAGGCUUGUACACACGCUUUAUGUGUUUGCGCACAUAUUACCAACAAAAUCAGCAAACAAACAUCAGAGACAAUAAUUUUACCCGCACGAGGAAUUAGUUUUUCCCCUCAAAUUAUGUUCUUGUGUUUUUUGUUUUGUUUUGUUAACGAAGCUCCUGCUUCGGGACUUCUUCCUCUAUCGCAAAAAGAUAAAGUCAAAACUGUGACGUCAUCAAAAUAUGUUUUAAUUCGCCUGACAUUACACGCGGUAGUUUAGUUUUCGGACUGGUGUUCUCGGAUGCAGUCUUGAUGUUUCAAAUGCCCCGCCCUGCAAAAAGGACGCUGGGAUAGGCUGAUGAAUUUACGCUCUGAUAGACCUUUCUGCACUUGGUUGGCAAACUGCAUUUUUUGGCCAACCACGG